GCUGCAAGGGUGGCUUGCGAGCGAAGGUCCUGACGUACAACCUUUUCUGGUGGAAUCUGUUCGGCCUGAGAGGAGGCGAAGGUAGGCGCAGUGGAAGGCUCAUUGCAUCCACGGCGUGGCCUGAUCCCUACGACUUCAUGGGCUUCCAAGAAUGUGAUGACAUUGAGCGCGUCGUCCAUGACGCUGGACUGCAGAACGAGUACACGAGAAUUCAAGGACCCCAUGCGUUGGGCGUGGCCUACCGCAAAGCCACAUGGCAGGAGCUUGGCCGGGGGCAGUCUGACAUUGCGGAAGACAGGCGGGAUCAAUGGUACGGCCAACGAGCUGUGCAGUGGGUUCGAGUGAAGCAUAGACAAAACAGCCGGACAGUGCUUUUUCUGAACUUCCACGGCCCGCUUCCGCUGAGCAGCGGCGGCAAAUGCGGAUGUGAGGCCACUGCAUACAACAUCAUGAGGGUAAUUGGCGAAAACGCAGAGUCCAAUGAUGACGUGAUCCUUGUUGGCGACUUCAACUCCGUCACAGGAUCUCCAACCAUCCAGAAACUCUCCGAGCGCAUGCACCGCGUGUUCAGUGGCAAUUCGCAUGGUGGCGUGGACCACAUUUUCAGCAGUUGCCCCAGUGUGAAGGGCACCUGGAACUUGGGCACUGGUGGCAGUGACCAUGAUGCUCUCAGUGCCCUGAUUGAGGCCUGA